GUGCCUUUAACGUUCUCUCCGGUAAUUGUUCCUGUGCGCUUUUCCUCCUCGUUCGUCCCAAAAAGACGGUCGGGGGUACCUCCAUGUCUAACUCAUCCUCAAGCAACUCUAUCGAAAGGACGCCAGAGAUCCAAAGCCCAUCGUCACCAUCGGUCCGUCGCAGAAGCACUAGCCACAAGAGUUCCGAAGUGGUGACUGCAGAUGAACUUCGUCCAGACUGGAAUCGCAGGAUUUUGGCAGCAGCACAGCGACAGCCAGGAUCACGACGUGCUUCAACAUCGUCCACAAUGAACGCGACGUUUGCACUGGGUCGACGCCUCGCUGUGGGCAGACAGGGAACCACCUCGAGGAGAUCCAACUCAUCUGCGGCCGCCGCAGAUUACAAUGGCUAUUUGACAGUGAUGAGAAACAUGGGCACCGACCUGGAAGAACUGAUGAUCAUGGAAGCGAUGCGACAGAGUCUCCAGGAUGAACAUGAUCGACUGGCUAGAGAGGCUGCAGCAGCGUCUGCAACUAAUGCAGGAGCUGCGAGCGGGAAUGCGGCUGGAAAUGCGAAUGCCCUGUCACCUGGUCUGGGCUCUCGAUCCGGCGGCACAGAGAGAGCACAGACCACGAUCACCAGGUCUCCGCUGUCGUCUCCGCUUGCGCCACCCUCAACAUCCUUCUCGACCCCGACGACAGCCCAAGGCGGACCGCGGGGCACGAGAGCGAGAAGGGACGGGGAUGGGCACGACGACAGUUCGAGCAGCAGUAGGAGUGAGAACGAGAGUGGGUCUGAGAGUGACCAGGACAGACCAGAGCUAUUGCAUAACCGUGCGAUUCGAUUUGCGGCUGUCCCUAUACCACGACCGACUGCAGUCGAGACUACUGGGGGGCCCAAGCAUCGGCCACAGGAGGAAGCGACGAAUUCGCCUGAAACUGUUUGAAAAGGAUGGUUGGAUCGAUGAAGAGGAAAGAAUGAGAUAGAUGCCCUUGUACAGUCCCUUUGGCAUUCGUACCAUCACCAUUCACUGAAGUGAGAGAAAUAAGAAAAAAGAGAAAAAGGAAAAAAAAAAAGGAAAAAAAAGCGCAGCAGUCGACAGCACCACCAAAAAUGCACAGGCAGAAGAGGGGGGAGGGGGAAAGCGAUCAGACAUGACACAAUUCACACAAUAA